UGGGACAGCUUGUAGCAUUUUCAGGCGGCCAGCAGAUGCGCACAGAGACUUGCGCGAGCACGCGCGAUAGCCGGACAGCUGGGUCGUCUCAGGAAUCUGAAGAGCGGACAAACAGAGGAAACGACAGCAUGGAGCAGCUUCUAGGAGACGGGAGUCUUGCCGAGUCCACUCCUCUCCGGGACAGGAUGGCCCUCUACCAAGCUGCCAUCUCCAAACAGGAAGUCACUAGCGAUCAUGUGGAUGGCUUCUGUGGGAAGCAGAAGGAGAAUGUUCCUCCGUGCUCGUUGGACAUGAGUCCAGAAUCUGAACCAAUCAGAAGAGGUCUAACCUCAGAGACUAAUGGUUCUGGUCCAGGUUCCCCAUCCUCCUCCAGUCAGAAAGACUCUCCUCAGUCAAAGACCCUUAGGAGCUUCCACCUGCCUGUGAGGGAGACCUGUGUGUCGUGCCAGAAGACGGUUUAUCCUCUGGAGAGGCUGGUGGCCAACCAGCACAUCUACCACAGCUCGUGUUUCCGCUGCUCUCACUGCAACAGCAAACUCAGUUUGGCAAACUACGCCUCCCUCCACAGCAACGUCUACUGUAAACCUCACUUCUGCCAGCUCUUCAAGGCCAAGGGGAACUACGAUGAGGGCUUUGGCCACCGGCCUCACAAAGAGCUGUGGGAGAGCAAGGGUGACGAUGAGGUCACCUCACCCCAGUCCAUUUCUCUGAGCAAGCCACAGGUCCAGUGCUCCCCAUCAGACCAGGAGAGCCCCAGCGUGGAGGACUCCCCGCUGGCCAAAGUCCUGGUCCUGACAGCCAAUAUGGAAGCUCUGGGUCAGGGGUCAGCAGAGAAGUCUGACAGACUUGCAGAGACCCGUAGGCUGAAGAUCUCUUGGCCUCCAAGAACGGAGGCGGAGGACACGCCCAGCCACAGCAGGGCCACAGAGGGCGGCUCCUCCACCAAGCCCAUGCGAGCCAAGUGGCCCCCAGAGGAGGACUCUUCAUCCCCACCUCCCGAGCAGGACAGGGGUUCACCCUGUCUGCGCCAGGGCUCCUCCCUGAAGGAGCGCAGCCUGGCCUUCUCAGCAGCAGCACAGAGAGAUGCAAGUCCUCCUCAUGGCAGGAAACCAACUCUGCCUCCUGCUAACGAGGAACAGCUGAGCCCCGAACCCUCUGACAGGGACCACCAGGACAGCACGCCCACUGAGAGCUCCAGGGAUGAGGAGGAAGAGGAGGAGGAGAUGAAGACCGAGUCUACUGAGAAUCUCUCUACAGAGGAGCAGCUUGAAGACACGCCAGGAGGUAAAUCGGAUGAGGAGGAGCAAAUGGAUAUCCUGGAGAGUGAGAUGUCAGAAAAAGGUCAAAGUUCAGCUGAAGCGACAGCCAUCUCUUCCCCUGAGGGGGAGGCGGAGGUCAGCAUGCCGUCUCAGGAUGUGGGGUUCUGGGACAGUGAGGAGGUUGAUGACAAGGAGGAGGUGGAGGUGCUCACAGUGGAGGAGAUGAUCAAACGAAACCGAUUCUACGACGACUACGAUGACGGUGAUGACGCAUAGAGUUCUUGCUUUUCUGAGAAGUGAAUCGUUUCGAGACAGUUGGUGUGAACUCUGAGCUCUGCCCACGUGCCUCUGAGCAGUCUGAACCACUUUAAGCCGUUCUCACAUCCGUUUCCUGUGUAAAUGUCUUGGAAUUCAGUUUUACAGCGAUGAAUGAUAAAAGCUCUUUAAUUGUGAAAGAAAAGUCUGAAUUUGGACUAAAAGUAAUUUUGAGUUUUCAGCCCUGAAAACCGAGGGGAAGCCACCAGCCGCUCCGACUGAAUCUUCUACAAACUCGACGAUUACUAGACUAAAAAUGAAGUUUUCUUCAGACCCAGCACCUUUAGACUGACUCUUAUAAUGAGAUGUUUGUUUCUGUGGAGAAUCCAUCCUCUGUCACACUUGUCAUCCUUAUUUUUAAUAAGAUUUAAAACGGAAUAAAAACUGUUUUUCAAAUCAGGACCAACGCUGUUCAUCUGCUACUGUUUAAUAAAUAACGCAAUACAA